AUGGUUUUCAAGGUUGCUGAUGUCUCUCUCGCCGCAUUCGGUCGCAAGGAGAUCGAGCUGGCUGAGCACGAAAUGCCUGGUCUCAUGUACAUGAGGCAGAAGUAUGGCGUGACGAAGCCCUUGAAGGGUGCUCGCAUUGCAGGAUGUCUUCACAUGACUAUCCAGACUGCAGUGCUCAUAGAGACUUUGGUCGUGCUCGGUGCGGAGGUUUCGUGGUCGUCUUGCAACAUCUUCUCCACUCAGGACCACGCAGCCGCUGCUAUUGCUGCUACUGGCGUCCCAGUCUUCGCGUGGAAAGGCGAGACUGAGGAGGAGUACCAGUGGUGCAUUGACCAGACCCUCUGCGCCUUCUCUGGUAACCAGCCUCUGAACAUGAUACUCGACGACGGUGGUGAUCUCACCACGCUCGUGCACGACAAGUACCCCCAAUACCUCAAGGGUAUCAAGGGUGUUUCUGAGGAGACUACAACCGGUGUUCACCACUUGUACCGCUCGUUCCGUGAGGGCAAGCUGAAGGUGCCCGCCAUCAACGUCAACGACUCCGUCACGAAGUCGAAGUUCGACAACUACUACGGGUGCCGCGAGUCACUCGUUGACGGUAUCAAGCGUGCGACCGAUGUCAUGCUUGCCGGCAAGGUCGCGGUCGUCGCUGGCUUCGGUGACGUCGGAAAGGGCUGCGCGCAAUCGCUCGCUGCCUAUGGUGCCCGUGUUAUCGUGACCGAGAUUGACCCCAUCAACGCGCUCCAGGCUACGAUGGCCGGUUACGAGGUUGCCACCAUGGAGGAUGCUGCCCCCAAGGGCAACGUCUUCGUGACUACCACCGGUAACAGGGACAUCAUCACUGGCAAGCACUUCGUGCUCAUGCCGGAGGAUGCUAUCGUCUCCAACAUUGGUCACUUUGAUGUUGAGAUCGACGUCGCAUGGCUGAAGAAGAACGCAACCCAGGUCGUGAACAUCAAGCCCCAGGUUGACCGCUACACUCUCGCCAGUGGCCGUCAUCUCAUCCUCCUCGCCGAGGGUCGUCUGGUCAACUUGGGCUGUGCCACCGGCCACCCGUCCUUCGUUAUGUCCUUCUCAUUCACUAACCAGGUCCUCGCCCAGAUCGCGCUGUGGACGACGCCCGAGAAGUUCCCGCUCGGCGUGCACAUGCUACCGAAGGAGCUCGACGAGGAGGUCGCUCGCGCACACCUCGAGCAGCUCAACGUGAAGCUGACCACGCUCACGACCGAGCAGUCCGAGUACCUGGACAUCCCAAUCCAGGGCCCCUACAAGCCGCUCCACUACCGCUACUAG